CUAACGGCGCUCACUCGUUCAUAUUUUUCAGGCCCGAGGGAUCGGAGAGCCCAGCGUCUAUCACGCCGUGGUGGUAAUUUUCCUCGAGUUCUUCGCCUGGGGGCUGCUAACCGCUCCCAUGCUUACGGUCCUAUAUCAGACUUUUCCCCAACACACUUUCUUGAUGAAUGGUCUCAUUCACGGCGUCAAGGGCCUGUUGUCCUUCCUAAGUGCUCCUCUCAUUGGAGCCCUCUCGGAUGUUUGGGGUCGCAAGUCCUUCUUGCUGCUGACGGUCGUCUUCACCUGUGCCCCUAUUCCCCUGAUGAGGAUCAGCCCCUGGUGGUACUUUGCAGUCAUUUCCGUGUCCGGUGUGUUCGCCGUCACCUUCUCCGUCAUCUUCGCCUACGUGGCCGACGUCACGCAGGAGCACGAGAGAAGCACGGCGUACGGUCUGGUCUCAGCCACGUUCGCCGCCAGCCUGGUAACCAGCCCAGCCAUCGGGGCCUAUCUGUCCCGCGCGUACGGGGACGGCCUCGUCGUGGUGCUGGCCUCUGCCGUUGCCAUGCUGGACAUCUGCUUCAUUCUGUUGGCUGUGCCCGAGUCGCUUCCCGAGAAGAUGAGGCCGGCGUCCUGGGGGGCACCCAUCUCCUAGGAGCAGGCAGACCCCUUCGCAGUGAGUAUCCCGCAGCGGGCUCUCGGUCCGCUCCGCCUCAGCAGCCGUGGAGUUACUUGGGCACGUGUUUGCCGUCACUGCUUCCACAGUCCCUCCGUAAAGUUGGCCAGGACUCCACCGUCCUCCUCAUCUGCAUCACGGUCUUUCUGUCCUACCUCCCAGAAGCGGGCCAGUACUCCAGCUUCUUCCUCUAUCUCAGACAGGUCGUUGGCUUCACGUCAGAGACAGUGGCGGCAUUCAUCGCGGUUGUGGGAAUCUUGUCCAUAUUAGCACAGACGGCGGUGCUCGGCGUGCUCGUGCGCUCCAUCGGAAAUAAGAACACCAUCCUCCCAGGGCUCGGUUUCCAGAUCCUGCAGCUGGCCUGGUAUGGAUUUGGGUCACAGCCGUGGAUGAUGUGGGCAGCUGGAGCAGUGGCUGCCAUGUCUAGCAUCACUUUCCCCGCUAUCAGCGCCAUCGUGUCCCGAAACGCAGACCCAGAGCAGCAAGGUGUCGUGCAGGGCAUGAUCACGGGAAUCCGGGGUUUGUGUAACGGGCUGGGGCCUGCUCUCUACGGCUUCGUCUUCUACUUAUUCCACGUAGAACUCAACGAGAUGGGCACUAUGGAGAACCCGGGCAAGGACAUUAAGGUCAACAUGGCCAAUCCAACUGAUGAGAGCACUAUUAUUCCAGGGCCCCCCUUCCUCUUUGGGGCUUGCUCAGUGCUGAUGUCUUUGCUGGUGGCCCUCUUCAUCCCUGAGCGCAGUAGCCUCAGCGUGCGGCCUGGCAGCUACCAUAAGCACAGUAACGGAGCACAGAACUACUCUCAGGGGCCUAAGGCUGGGGGCGCCGAUAGCAAAGAGCCACUUUUGGAGGACAGUGUAUAGUACUGGCGAGAAUGGACAAUGUCAGCAGCCCCAUGCCCCUUCUCUGCGAUUGUGCUACAGUCAUGCCCUGGCCCGGGAGUCGGCGUGCGUUCAAGGCCAGCCCGUGCGGCUCAGGGUGUCGUGGCACAUCAGGACUUUGGCCUUAGCGAAGGUCCUCCCUUGGCCUUAUGAAGGAGGGGUCAGGUAGAGGGACCAGCAUUCAUGCUCUUAGGAGUGAGACUUGCACACCUUUUUGAGCAGCCAGUUGGUUUCAUUUUCUGACAAACCAGCAAUGUAAUAUGUCUAUGUUUGGGUAACUUUCCUGCCCAAAGGAAUAUGUGGAUUAAUAGUUCGACCAAAUGCAUUUUUAGUCUGGUUUUAAUCUGAAAGAGCAGUGAAAUGUUGGUUUUGUUGUGAACUUCUUUGGGUUAGUGGAAAAUCUGAGUGCACUUGCUUGACACUAGUUUUUUCCACAAGGCUUUGUUAUCAAGUUGGAGGAAAUGAGGAGCCGUGUCUUCCCCGCUCUUCUGCGAGUACUACCCAGAGAUGCAGGACAAUAAUGAGUCACUCUCCUUUGAUUCU